AUGGAUUCUUCUCCUCAGAACUGGCUCCUCGGCUUCUCUCUUUCCAACCACUCUCAUCACCGUCACCCUUCCCAUGAUCUCUCCCUCUUCGAGGCCUUCGCCUCCUCCCCCUCUCACACUUCAGCUCAUCAACAACAAGAUCACUCAAACCCUGGCGGUGCAACUCCUCCUCCUCCAACCGACCUCUCAAUCUUCAGCUCCGGCGUUGGCGGCCCCAAGCUCGAGGACUUUCUCGGCGGCUCCACCGCCACACCGACCUCCCUCGCUCACUUCUCUGGUAAUACUGCUGCUGCUGAUCACCACCACAAUCACCAACAAACUGCUCCUCUUGCUUUGUCCGAAAACGAGAUUUACGACUCCGAACUCAAAACCAUAGCCGCUAGUUUCCUCCGCGGUUUCUCCACCCCCGCCACCGCCUCCGCCACCAGUGUCCAAACAACCAAACCCCAAAACCUGGUCCCUCUCGCCUCAUCCGAACUCACCCCAAAAAAAACAGCCGACACCUUCGGCCAACGCACCUCCAUUUACCGCGGGGUAACAAGGCACAGGUGGACAGGAAGAUAUGAAGCGCAUCUGUGGGAUAACAGUUGCAGAAGAGAAGGACAAAGUAGGAAAGGCAGACAAGUUUAUUUGGGUGGAUAUGAUAAAGAAGAAAAGGCAGCAAGAGCCUACGAUCUGGCAGCUCUCAAAUACUGGGGUCCGACUACAACCACAAACUUUCCGGUUUCUAACUAUGAGAAGGAAUUGAAUGAGAUGAAGAACAUGACUAGGCAGGAAUUUGUCGCUUCUCUUCGAAGGAAAAGUAGUGGAUUUUCUAGAGGAGCUUCUAUUUACAGGGGGGUCACAAGGCACCAUCAACAUGGUAGAUGGCAGGCAAGAAUAGGAAGGGUUGCAGGUAACAAAGACCUCUACCUUGGCACUUUCAGCACCCAAGAGGAAGCUGCCGAGGCCUAUGACAUUGCUGCCAUCAAGUUCAGAGGCCUAAAUGCCGUGACCAACUUUGACAUGACCCGCUACGACGUGAAGAGCAUUGCUAACAGCAACCUUCCCAUAGGAGGAAUGUCCGGAAAAUCAAAGAACUCGUCGGACUCCGAUAGCAAGAGCAUCGAAGGUAACCGUUCAGCGGACGAUCGAGAUCUCUCCUCUGCAUCCUCUGUCACCUUCGCAUCUCAGCAGCCUAGUUCCUCCACACUAAGCUUCGCAAUUCCCAUCAAACAAGACCCAUCAACAGACUACUGGUCCAACAUUUUUGGGUACCACCACAAUGCCAAGAACCCUAGCACUGUCUCAGUUGCACCAUCAUCCUUGUUCCAAUCUUGUACGACUAAUGUGCCCUAUGGCAACAAUUCCUCACAAAUACCCUUCAACAUGGACUUCUCAGUCUCAGCCACCUCUAGCACUUCUCCCUCUGAAACCAACAACGGGUACUUUGGUAAUUACAAUGCCCAUGGUCAACAACAACAACAACAAGACCAAAGUACAAGUGGUACAAAUUCAAUCCCAUUUGCUACACCCAUUGCUUUAAAUAGCAACAGCGGAUUUGAAACUUCUUCUGGUUAUGGAAGCUGGAUUGGGCCAAGUCUUCACACAUUUCAGACCCAUGCAAAGACCAAUCUCUUUCAGACACCAAUUUUUGGCAUGGAAUAA